AAUAGGGUUAGUGGGUACACGAAAGACUGUGAGACAACCUUCGAGUCUUGCAGACCUAGAAAGCCUACAGGAACUAUGGCGGACGAAGAGGCUCAAAAACAUAAGCGGUCUGCGUUGAUUGACGAUGCCGCUGCACUUUCCGAAGACGAGCACGAUCAGGAGGGAGAGAUCUCGAGCUCGCAGAAACAGGUAGACUCUUCUGAAGACGAGGACGAUGAUGAUGAGGACGAAGAUGAAAUCAGAAAGGUUCGUGAAGGUUUCAUUGUUGAUGACGAAGAAGAAGAAGACGGCGACGAAGACACAUCGGCAAAGAAGCGCCGUAAAAGACAUAGAGACCACAAUUCCAAGGCCAAUAUGGACAAUGAGCUCGAUGAAGAUGAUUUGGAACUUCUUAGAGAAAAUGCUGGAGAAUUACCAUCUUCCAUAGCUGAAAAGAGCAAAUUCAAGAGGCUCAAAAGAGGCGGAGACGAAGCGAGCGAAGAACAGUCCAACAACGGCUUGACAAACAUGUUCUCGGAUGACGAAGCCGACGAGGCAAUUACUACCAAAGGACAUUCAAGAAAUGGAGGCUUCUCCUCAAGGGAUGACAGAGAUAUUGGAGUACAUGAUGAUGAUGAUGAUGAUGAAGGCAAUGAUGAUGAAGAGGAUGAUGACUUAAUGGAUGCCGCAAAGGAAAGACAGCAGAGAAUAGCCAAUCAGAACUUGGUGGGCGAGUUCGAUGAUUUCAUUGAAGAUGACGAGUUUUCGGAGGAAGACGAAGACAGAGAUGAAAAAUUGGCCCGUAUGAGAUCGGCUAGGGCCAAACAGUCACAAUUUGCACAACAGAGUAAAAUUGAUCAAGACAAGUUGGACGAGUUGUACGAGAUAUUCGGUGAUGGUGAAGAAUAUGCUUGGGCAUUGGAAGCUGAAGAAGUGGAAGAUGAUGACAUGAACAAUGAAGAUAACGAUGAAAAUGAAGAAAAGCAAUACGAUGAUGAAGGAAAACUAGUUACAAAGUCAAAGUCUGAGACUCAAGCUCUGAAGAAUAUUUUCGAAUAUGAAGAGUUGAAAGAGCAUUUGUUAACAGAUAAAGAUCAACUCAUCAGGACAACGGACAUACCUGAGCGUUACCAAGUUUUAAGAGAUGGCAUCAGCGAAUAUAAUUUGAAUGACGCAGAUUUUGCUGAAAAGCAGAAAUGGAUUGCUUCAACUUUGUUUAGUGAGAAGGCAGCUCAAUUUGAGGAUGAAGCAAGCAAACGUUUGAUAGAACCAUUCAAAAGUUCCGUUGCAAAAGUUGUGGAGUUUAUUUCUAGAGACAACUUGGAAGUACCAACGAUUUGGAACUCAAGGAAAGAUUACACAUUAUACACUACACAUGACGAAAGUGGUCAAAUAAAUGUUGAAAAAUUGUUAAAUGAAAACGAUUUGUGGAGAAUUGUACGCCUAGACAUUGAUUAUCAUGCAAUUUAUGAUAAACGUAAAACAAUCACAAAGUUUUUCCAGUCCCUUGACACUGUUGAUUUGGUAUAUGACGAAUGUAUCAGUUCUGCCAACACAAUCACCGAAUUACAGGAUUUGUAUGACUAUUUACAGUUCACUUACAGCUCUGAAUUGAAGAAGAUCCAAGAGACUAAUGGCGAGUCUCCUGCCAGCUACGACAAUUCAGAUGAUAAAAGAAAAAAAACACAUUCGAGAUUUAAGCUGUACGAAAGAGUUAAAAAUGAUAAAAUCUAUAAUGUCGUCAAGGAAAUUGGUAUUGAUGCAGAAAAAUUUGGUGAAAACGUAAUCUCAAACUCCAAAAUAUAUCUCACAGACGAUAACGAGAAGUCUCCUUUCGAGUUAGUUGUGCAGUAUCUGCCAGAAUCCUAUUUCGCAACUACCGAUGGUGCAAUAAAUGCAGUCAAACAGAUGUUUUCUCAACAGUUGGUUCAUAACCCAAAGCUACGGUCUCAUUUGCGUUCUACUUUUGAACAGUUUUCAAACAUCGAUAUCGAGUUGACAGAAAAGGGCCGUACAAAAAUCCAUGACAGUUCGCCUUAUGCUGACUUCAAGUACGCAAUGAAUAGAAACCCAGACUCGUUUUACUACAGCCCUGAUGUAUUUUUACGUAUGCUGGAAGCCGAAUCUCUAGGUUACGUGAUCAUUAAGAUUGGUUUGAAGACAUCACUCAUGAAUUUCGUCGACCAUCUUUUUACCUUCAUGUCAUCAGAUGGAGCUUCCGAGGCAUCAGCUUCUUGGAAUAAAUUAAGGCGUGAAUGUCUAGAUAUUGCGAUCAAAAAGUUGAUCCCAAACAUUAUCAUGACUGUCAAGGAGAAAAUCAGCACCACUUGCGAACGUUUGUUAUAUUUUCAAGUUCGGGAUAGUUUUAUUAACAAGGUCGAUCAAGCUCCGUAUAUACCAUUUCCAAACCGUAAAGGUAUGGUCUCACGUGUUCUUGCAUUAACAAACGGAGAGGGUAAAAGAGAUUCUGCUAUUAUUGCAAUUGCAAUGGAUUUUGAUGGGACAAUCUCCCAGCAUGUCAAAUUUGAUGAAAGUAUGAGAGAUGCUGAAUUCGAGAGAAAGUUAUUGAACUUAAUAGAUAGGUUCAAGCCUGAAGUUGUUGCCGUUUCUGGUUAUAACGUAAGUUGUGCUCCGUUAAAGAAGAGAGUGGAAGAAAUUGUCAAAACAAAUAACAAAACUACAGUUGCCGAAGAAGAAGACUUCAACUCAGAUACUAAAGAGGCAGACAAUGAGAUUGAACUACCAGUCAUAUUUGUUAACAACGAAACUGCUCGUAUGUUUGAAUAUUCGGAUCGUGCAAAUGAAGAAUUCAGUGACAAACCUGUUGUUGCCAAGUUCUGCAUUGCUAUUGCUCGUUAUGCACAAAAUCCUCUUUUGGAAUAUGUUUCGCUCGGUGAAACAAUCACUUCCAUUCAAAUACAUAAACAUCAAAACUUAUUGCCAGAGCAUAAGCUCAGAGAAGCAAUCGAUUCGAUAUUAGUUGAUAUAACAUGUCUUGUUGGUAUCAAGAUAAAUGAAGCUGUUCGGAUGACUUAUUAUGCACAGGCGUUACAGUAUAUUGCUGGCCUUGGGCCAAGGAAGGCCAACAGUUUGAUCAAAGGUAUUGAAUCGAAUGGUGGUGCUUUAAUUAGAAGAGAUGACUUGAUUCUGAAACAAUUAGUUACUAAAACCGUAUUCAUGAAUUGCGCACCUUUUAUUGAAAUUCCGGUUCCAGAUAGGUUUGACAAGGAUGUCGAGCUAUUAGACGCUACACGUAUACACCCUGAAGACUAUGACUUGGCGCGUAAGAUGGCAAGUGAUGCUCUUGAUCUAGAGGAAGAAGACCGUGCAGAGAUUGAAGCUGACAAUGGAAGUAUAAUUGGUAAAUUAUACGAUGAAGGGGUUGAGAGAUUAGAUGAUUUACUAUUGGAAGGUUAUGCUAAUCAAUUAGAGGAACAUGGUCAUCGCAAGAGGGCAACUUUAGAGAUGAUUAAAGAAGAGCUUCAAAAUAAUUACGAAGAGUUGAGAAAGAAUUUUCAUUUACUUACAGAUUUUGAAGUUUUCGAAAUGCUAACCAAUGAAACAAGAGAAUCAUUUGACCGUGGCGUAAUUGUACCAGUGAUUGUUCAAAAGGUCGAUAAUAGGUAUUUGCUCUGUGUGACACAAAACGGUAUUUUAGGAAAUGUUGCAAGAGCUAGUGCUGUUCCCUAUGGUGAUGCCACAAAUCUGCUAAUGAAAUACAACGUGGGUCAAGCCGUUCAAGCAGUUGUUAAAGGUGUUGAAUAUGCCGAUUUCAAAGCUGAGUUUUCAUUGUUGAAAGAGGAUAUUGCACGUGCCAAGACGGUCAAAAAAGGUGAUCGUUACAAAGACAUCUGGAAUUUUGAAGCUGAAGCCAAAGAUGUUAAAAGAGAACGGGACAUUGAAUCAAGAGAAAAUAGAGGAAGCAAGCGUAUACUUAAGCAUCCAUUUUUUAGAAAUUUUGAUGCACGUCAAGCCGAAGAUUACUUAGCAUCCAGAGACAACGGUGAAUUUGUCAUUAGACCAUCAACUAAAGGUAACGAUCAUUUGACUAUUACGUGGAAGGUUGACAACCAACUCUUUCAGCAUAUUGAUAUUGCCGAACACGAUAAGCCCAAUGAGUAUUCCCUUGGCAGGAUUCUACAAGUGGGAGAAUAUAAGUAUCAUGAUUUGGAUGAAUUGAUUGUUUCACACAUCAACGAACUUCACAGCAAGGUUGAAUCCAUGAAGAAUCACGAGAAAUUCAGAAAUGAGCCUGUCAAUGACGCUCGUGACUGGCUUAUCAGAUACUCUAAGGCAAAUAAGAAUAGAGCUUGUUAUUGUUUCUGCUUCAAUCGUAAAGCACCUGGAUGGUUUUUCUUAUUGUUCAAGUUGAACGACAGCAGUGACAAGACCUACACAUGGAAUGUGAAGGUUCUACCUAACGGUUAUAUGCUACACAAAAACUCUUAUCCAGAUAUGGUACAUUUGUGCAAUGGUUUUAAGAAAUUACUUCAAAACCAAAUGCAGAAUCCAGCAUCGCACUCCCAAUCUCAUUCUUCUCAACCUAUUCCAUCCCACGUGAACGGAUAUCGUGGCGGGUAUGCCGACAAUUAUAGUGGCUAUGGUGGCUAUGGUUACUAGAGAGAUUAAAACUUUGUAAUCUAAAACCUUUUGUAAGUACUUGUUAAUUAAAUUAUCAUAACG